AGUGAGUGGAUUGGUCGUUGCUCAUUGCUCGGUCUAGACACUCGGAGGCGGGGGAACUGAAGACUCUUUACAGCCCACUUUAAAAAUCCGUCAAAACCGACUCACGGGCGCCAAGUCAAUGAGAAUAACGGCAGUAACUCAUAGAGGACGGUCCUCACAUCCCCAUCCUCAAGUUUUGUGGCGUUACAUGUUUCAUCCGAGGUAAACCCCGGGGAGAGCUUCAUCUGAAGGACGUUUCUCAGAAAUUCACCAUCUAAGAAAAUCCGUCCGGGAAACAAGGGACCGACACAAAGUUUCUCUAUAGAUCUUCCUCUCUCACACACACGCACACUUUAAGGCCGAGAAUAAUCGUUCUGAAAGCAUGGAGCCCGCCGAGAUGAACACUAUCCCCAACGGGAAGGGGCACGGAGCUGGUGAGGUGACUGCAAUAAAAAGCCAGUCAGAAGAUGCAGCUCAGGAACUUGUACCAAAUAGCACUGAAAAUGCCAGUACUGACAGAACUCCAGGUAAUGUAGAGGCAAACCUGGCAGAAAGCUCAGAGUUCCUGUCCAACGCAGAUGACAAGAAAACCCCUCACUUCACGGAUUUUGAGGGAAAGACUUCUUUUGGGAUGUCUGUCUUCAACUUGGGAAACGCCAUCAUGGGAAGUGGAAUUCUGGGAUUAGCGUAUGCAAUGGCUAACACGGGCAUUGUCCUCUUUGUAAUUCUCCUCACUGUUAUCGCUGGUCUGUCUGCAUACUCCAUUCACCUGCUGCUAAAAUCUUCAGGCGUUGUGGGCAUUAGAGCUUAUGAACAACUGGGCUUCCGAGCCUUUGGCACACCAGGCAAGAUGGCUGCCGGCAUUGCGAUCACCCUACAGAACAUCGGAGCCAUGUCCAGCUACUUGUACAUAGUAAAGUAUGAGUUUCCACUGGUUAUCCAGGCUUUUCUCAAGGUGGACAAUCCAUCAGGGGAGUGGUAUUUAAACGGCAAUUACCUGGUUGUCAUUGUAUCAUGCAGUGUCAUCUUGCCGCUAGCUUUAAUGAAGCAGCUCGGGUACCUGGGCUACACCAGCGGUUUCUCUCUCAGUUGUAUGGUCUUCUUCCUUAUUGCGGUGAUCUAUAAGAAGUUCCAAGUGAAAUGUCCUUUUGCUGAAUUUUCCCAUAACAAUACAGUGACGAGCGUUAACACAAGUGUGGCAGCUAAUGCCGGAGGAGUACAGAUGACCCCUGGGGGUGACCCUGCCUGCAUCCCCCGCCUCUUUAACCUCAACUCACAGACUGCCUACACGGUUCCCAUCCUGGCGUUCGCAUUCGUGUGCCACCCCGAGGUGCUGCCAAUUUACACUGAGCUGCGCAACCCUACAAAGACAAAGAUGCAACACGUCUCCAACAUCUCCAUUGGAGUCAUGUACAUCAUGUACCUCUUGGCUGCUCUGUUCGGGUAUCUGACCUUCGUUGAUAAGGUGGAAGCUGAGCUGUUGCACACCUACAGUCGAAUCGACCCGUAUGACACACUCAUCCUGUGCGUACGUGUGGCUGUGCUGACUGCCGUCACACUCACUGUACCCAUCGUGCUGUUUCCUGUAAGGAGAGCGAUUCAGCAGCUGUUCUUUCCAAAUAAAACCUUCUGGUGGCCACGUCACAUUGCCAUAGCUGUCACCCUCCUCAGCCUCAUCAACUUACUGGUCAUCUUUGCCCCGAACAUCCUGGGCAUCUUCGGGGUCAUCGGUGCCACGUCCGCGCCGUGCCUCAUCUUUAUAUUUCCAGCUGUGUUUUACAUCCGCAUUGUUCCCAAGGAAGAGGAACCCUUGCGCUCAGCACCAAAAAUCAUCGCUGCUUGCUUUGCCUUAUUAGGAGUCCUGUUUAUGAUAAUGAGCCUGAGCUUCAUCAUCAUUGAUUGGACAUCAGGGACCAGUAAAGGAAGUAAUCAUUAGGCCUCCCCUUCUAAUGGUUUAUUCUUUUUAAUAUUACUUUCGGGUCAGUAGUUGGGGAGGAUGCAUAAUCUCUCAGUGAUCAGUCACAAAAGUAGUACCAGAUUCUUAGCUUUAGCUGCAUUCAAUCAUUGUAUUAGUUAGCCAUGUGACCUGCAUAUGCUGUAAAUGGGGUCUUGCCCCAUCUCAGGCCGGCAUUAAAUCCAUAUAAAGGCCAUCCGCUGCCAAAAAGGAGUGGUUGGGACAUGGAAAUUGGGAGAAGAUAACCAGAACAAGAAAAACAAAGCCCAUGAUAGUUAGAUUGUGCCAUAGCAUCAGCACAUGCAGUAUGCAGGGUUUGCAAACAAAAGGGAUUUUGCAUUCUAACCAAACAGACUCAUCCGCUGGCCCAACCUCCCAUACAUCCCUUCAUACCUCUGCCCUUCGGCCACAUUCACAAGAGAUUAAAAUCACAGUAAGUGCUCCGUUCUUAUGGGAGGAUUGGUGGUUAUUAAAGCGUUCAUUUCAUCAUAUCUCAUAUUAGAUAUAGCAAUACUCUGUGCAAUAGCUGUGAGAUAUCUGACACUGAAGGCUGUUGAGAAGCCACACACGACCUUGUCCAGAAUCCAGGCUUGAUUUGGCUGCAGUCUAUUACACAAUUUCAAAUUAUGCAAACUGAACGUAUAGAUGUACCUGUCACAUUUUUAUAUGGAUUUAUAAGAUUUAUCCUUUCUACAGUAUUUAGAGAAAUAUAUUAGUAGAUAUACAAGCAUAAAUAUAUAUGAUAUAUAUAAGAGUAUUCCAAUUCAUCCGGUGUUCUCAAGGUUAUCUCUCACAUCCCUUUACAAUAUUUGUGACUAUUCAGCUAAAAUGCAAUCUUUAGAAGAUUUAGAUUUUAAAAGACAGAAUUAUCCAAGAUGAAAGGCACAUUCUUCUUCUUUUUUUUUUUUCUUUUUUUUUUAGAAACACUACUGGUUGCAAUGAGAAAGCACAGAUUGGAAAGCACAGUUAAUCAUAGGGUCAGUUUGUAAUGAUCCCAUGAGUUCUGCUGACAGACUGAUUUUGAAACACUCUCUGGAUUUAUAUGCAGAGAAAACCAAAAAACACAGAUUCACAGGGUCUUCUCCUUAAGUGGAGAAACAAAUGUGGUGCAUUGAUGCACAUAAAGUUUUAGCUACAGGGUGGUAACAUUGCCCGGUGGAAGCUGAUCGGUUUUGCUUCUUUAAAAAAGAGGCUACGUAGACGGAUGAUUUUGGUCAUGCGGCGAAUAUUGAAACUGUAGCACUUUCAGUUGAAGCACAACUUCCGCUCAGUCUCUUGACCCAGUUACGACUUAUGACAUAUUCAUAGCUUAAUAUAUUUUGUAGACAGAUAUAUGAAUAAAAGCCUAUGUACUACUAACUGUAAACUGUUUGAAGAAAAAAAGUAAUGUGUGGAUGUCUAACAUGGUACAUGAAUAUUUUAAACUUUGUAAUUGAAACUUGUCAUCCUAAAAAACUAUAAAUCAAGCACUUACUGGCCCAUAAUGAUCUUAGUGGUAACACUGUGGUGUUUUAGUGUGUGUUUGUGUGUGUUCUCUCCUCUUCUCGCUUAUGGAGAAAGAAUACUUCAGUAAGUGAAUGUACUGUAAUGGACUAUAAGAUGUCUAAAUGAGAUGUGCAUUUAAAUUGUGGUACUUUUUUAUUCAUUUUUGUCUGUUUAAUUAAUGUUUAAUGGAUAGACCAGCCACACAUAUAAGUAAAUCAUCAUCAUCUGUGAACCAGUAUUGCCAUAAUUGCAUAUCUCGAUAUCUUUUUUCAGUGUUUUACCUGUCCCUGGUGCUGCAUCGAGUGCCUGUCAGACAGCAAAAAGGCACUGUAAUGUAUUCCAAAUUACAAUCUGUACUUCCUUGUUUUUUUUUUUUUAAAUGCCUUGGUUAUCAUGGCUUCAUUUCCCUUUUGUGGUCUUUUGGAUAUAUAUACAUAUAUAGAGAAAUGAGAAAUUAAUGAUUAAAUAUGUCUGCAUGAUUGCUGAAGUGCAUCAUUGAAAUAACCCAUUGAUCGUUUUUUUUGGUAAAGAAGCAUUUAGUCGUGUGUUCUGGUGAUGGUCAGAUGUUAUAUGUAGUGGUGUCAUGCCUCACACACCAAUGUGGUUUCUCAAGCACAAAAGUGUCCCAUCGUUUUAGCAGUGUGUGUUGAUGUCUGAGAACUAAAUGUGCCAG